UAAAAACACGUUUUCUAAAAAUAAAACUUAAUUAAGUGAAUUAAGACGUCUAAAGCUAUGGAAUAUUGUAAUGUAAGCAUAAUUGAUGGCAAGAUAGUCAUCAACGACAAGAAUAUCAUCAAGAAACACAAGAUUAUCCAUCAACAAGUAUCAAAUCAGCGUGUUAUUGUUCAAAACGAUGUUCCGUACGUAAUUACAGUAAAAGAAGAACUCCAAGAAUAUUUUGCUAAUGAAGAAUCCAGUCCUGAUAAUCAGGAAGGUGUUGAAUCCAGUUUUGUAUCUUAUGAAGAGAUAAUUAAGGAAGAAACUGCAUGCCCAGAUUGUAUGAUGGAGUUUUCGACUAUUGAGAAUCUACAGGAGCAUAUUAAUGCUUGUCAUACAGCUCAUCGAUGUGACAUUUGCUUUAGGCAACUUAAAAGCAAAAGUGGACUUGAUAGACAUCUUAAAUCACAUUUAAAACCAACCAAAUUCUUUGAAUGUGAAAUUUGUCAUGCAAAAAUCUCGAGACGAAUUGAAUUUAAAAAGCACCUAAUGAAUCAUAAUAUUGGGACUAGAUAUGUCUGUGAACUGUGUCCAUACGUCUGUACAAGCAAACGUGGAUUGCAUGAUCAUCACGUCAAUUUUCACAUGAAGAACUUUAAGCCAUUGCGAUUCCUUCCCUGCAAGAAAUGUAUACUGUCAUUCCGGAGCCGAGAUGCUUACGAUGAGCAUCAAUUAUAUCACAGCAAAAUGGAACAAAUGGAAGAAAAUUAACCACAAGUGCUUGAUUAUUUUUUUUCUGAACUAAAUGUUCACUUUAUUCUUAGAUUUUGAUGAAUUUACUCAAGUUUCAUACAUCAUAGAUUGAAAUUUAACAUACUUAUAGAGGAAGUGGAUAGAAUUAUUUGCCAUUUCACAUAAAUUUGUUUGUACUUGCCCUU